UCUUAUUCUUUUUUUUGUUUUAGACGUUAUGAUAUGCUUAGAAUCACAAGGAUAAAAUGAUUACAAAUGAAACUCAAAUAUUAUUUUUCCAGACACCUGGUUCUCUUAUUUUAUCAGGCUUGUUUUCUUGGAUUUCAAUUAUUAUUUCAUGUCACCAGAUAGCUCUCCAUGCCAAACAUUAUACAAAUCCAGAUCAACAGACCUACAUUAUAAGAAUUCUGCUCAUUGUACCAAUAUAUUCUCUUGAUUCUUGGUUUAGUCUUGUAUUCUUUCAGAAGAAUUAUUAUAUUUACUUUGAUACAAUUCGAGACUGUUAUGAAGCAUUUGUCAUCUACAACUUCCUAUGUUUAUGCUUUGAGUAUUUGGGUGGGGAAAUGGCAAUUUUAUCUGAAAUUCGUGGUCGACCAUUAAAAACAUCUUAUUUGAUGUGCACAUGUUGUUUAUCUGGUAAAGUAUUGAACAUUGAGUUUCUUAGAUUUUGUAAAAAGGCUGCUAUUCAGUUUUGUAUAAUGAAACCUGUGAUGGCUGCUUUGAUAUUAGUGCUAGAAGGAACAGGCAACUAUGGUGAUGGUGACUUCAGGCCAGAUCGUGGAUAUCUUUAUAUCACACUUCUUUACAACUUUUCUUAUUCGGUUGCCUUGUAUGGAAUGUUUUUGUUCUACAGUGCCACUAAAGACCUUUUAAGUCCAUUCUACCCUGUUCUAAAGUUCAUUACUGUAAAAUUCGUCAUAUUUAUGUCCUUCUGGCAAGGGCUGGUUUUAACAAUAUUAGACCGUAAUGGACUAAUUGGCAAUAAAAAUCAACAUGGUGUUAAAAUUGCUGCAGGUUAUCAAAACUUUAUACUUUGCAUUGAAAUGUUUUUCGCUGCUGUAAUGAUGAAGUUUGCAUUUCCUCACAUUAUUUAUCGUAUUCAAAAACAUAAAACGACUGGUCGGAAUGCUCUGAAAACUAUUUCAAAAAAUCUUCGAAAUAGUAUUAAUCCAAAAGAUAUUGUCAUGGAUACAAUUCAUAACUUUUCUCCAGCUUAUCAGCAUUAUGCUGGAGUAAAUAGAUCGGUAAACGUUGAGUCAUCUAUUAGAAACGAUGGAAAGGAGACUGUUAGCUAUCAAGUAACUCUACCUGACAGACAAACAUCUAUAAGAGACAGUACCAUUCCUAAUAAUUAUUCAUACGAACAUGGCCAUACACCACUGUUACUGGAUACAGAUGACGAUACUUAGAUAUAUAUUUUUUUGAUCUUAUAUAAAAUAAUUUUAAAAGAAGUUAAGUAUGUACGAAGAUAUUUAUUAGGUUCAAGAAAAUUAGGGAAAAAAGAAAAAACAAUAUUGAAUAGCAAGUUAAGGAAAACAGUUUAUAGGGCUCUAGUAUAUAAAAUAUGACGAAAAAACAAUCUUAAAAAAUGAAGAUCAUUAAUUUUGAAUGAGCAUAAAGAUGAUGUCAUACUGCUAUGUGCUUUAAUUUAAUAUAUAAAUAAGUUUUUCCAUCAUUUUAUUGCCUGUAUAUGCAUAAUUAUGUUACAGUUCAUAUAUCUUUAUAAUUAUUUCCAGGCCUCUGAUACUUAUUUCCAUAAGUAAUUAAAAAUUAAAUUUAUUGAGUUAAAGUAGUGCGCUAUUGUUUUUUAGGAUUGAAAAGUGUUUAUAGUUUUGUCUUUAUUUAUUUACUUUUAAGAAAAUAUUUAUUUGUAUAUACGGGUUGAUGAGUACAACAUGAUAUAUAUAUAUAUAUAUGUGAAUGAUAUGUAUCUAAGUUCUUAUUUUUUUAGUUUGGGGGAAGUUUUUUUUUCUUUUAAUGUGAUUUUAUACGUACUAACUUUUAGUUAUUAUUUUUUGGAUGUAUUAUUUUAAGAGCAUUAGGGUAUUAAUGUUUGAUCUGAUAUUUUUUUAUUAAUAUUAUUUUUAAGUAUUUAGGUCUGUAUGAUUAAAGAAAACUUUUUUUAUUCUGUUUUUUAUUACAUCUUUUUACUUGUUAUAUUUUCUACUAUAACGAAAACUGUUUAGUUAUAGUGAUAUAUAUAAUAUAGCUAAUCUUUAUGAAAAAACUUUUUAAAAAAUUUAAUUGAAAGUUGUUAAUUAGUUGUUCCAUUUUUUUUUUAACUAUUUCUUUUAGUUAAUGUUUUUGUUUAAAGGUGUAAUAUUUUUCACGAAAGAAUUUUGAUUCAA